UUAUUAUCUUACGUUAUUUAAAUGUAUUUUAAAUUUUUCUCCGAGCAGCGUUUCGCUUGGAGAGAUUUUGAUUUUGACACUGAUGAGCGAUAACGAAAUCCCUGGAAACUUUUAAUGCCAGCACAAGUUUCUGUUUCUGUUUCUGUCCGACUGCCAGUCAAUUUGUAGCAUUUGAAUAAAAUGGACGCAGCUUAUGUGAAGUUUAUGAUGUGCCAGUGCCUUGUGAAUCGGGCAGACUGGGGCUUAGCCGUGGGUUGUAUGAAUGUCGUCUACUCCUUCUUCCUGUUCCAGUUCUGGGUGGUGGAGCUAGUCAAGUCACUCGAGAAUUAUCCCGUCAAGUGGGUCUUGUUGUAUGGAUUCAACGUGAUGUUUAAUGUGAUCACCAUGAUGAGGAUUGUGAAAAGGGAGAGUGUGUCGGUCUUCUACUGGAUGUGCGAAACAGCUGCCCUUUUAAUAUUUCGCAUACACCACCUAUAUUACAAUGAGGACGAUUUUUGGCUGGCCAAGAGCAACUUAUACCAUGCUUCUAACAUUGUUAUCGAUGUUUACACUGGCCUAUCGAUGCUGGCCAUGAUUUAUGUCAUAUGUGGACUGCGUUUGGAUCCAGACCGCCAAGUUCCCGACGAAGAAGAAAUGCUUGACCAUUGCAAAUUCGACCCUCAGGCAGCUGCCGCCAAAGCAGCUUCCCAAAAGGAAAAGGUCUUAGAAAGACCAUUGGUCAAAGAAAAAGAAGUGGAAAAAUGUCAAAAACUAGCUGAUCUCGUUGAGGAGAGAUCUUUUUCCAGUCAGGAAUUUACAAUGCCCUGCGAACCCACUGCUCCCGAAGAGGAAGUCCACGAGAUUCCGGAACCUUCAGCUCCUCCAGAAAGUACUUUUUCCUUCUAUGAGGAUUUCUCCUACGAGAUCAAUGAUUUUUGUGUCUGCAACGAUCAAGGAAAUGACAUAUCAUUGGAUGAAUAGA